UAUUUUUACAGACAGUCAAUUUGUUUACAAAGGCCUAUAUAACCCAUGUAAUAUUGAAAAAUACUAGGAAACUUUAUUCUAAUUCUGUUUUGAAUUUAGGCCUCCCCCGGUCGUUUUGGAAUACCAGACAUACGAAUAAGAUAGCUCCGAGCAACCGAGUUAAAUAAUAUAGUGCGCAGAUUGCUUACAUUAAGUGGUACAGUGAAAAUUACAACAAGAUGGGUUCAUUCCAGCCACACUUGGAAAAACUGAAAAAAUUAAUGCAUAUUAAUGAUGUGCAAUUAGCGUUAAUCAGCGACAGGAUGUUGCAAGACAUGAGCAUCGGUUUGCAGAAAUCGACGAAAUCAAAUGUCAGGAUGGAAAUGUUACCGUCCUAUGUCGAUAGCCUACCAGAUGGCUCAGAAAGGGGGGCGUAUAUCGGGCUCGACCUGGGCGGGACUAACCUCCGGGUUUUGUUGCUUACGUUGACUGAUUCGAUUGACGGUGGGGCAAAAUUUGAUGCAACUAUCAAGAGUGAGUCGUACAAAGUGCCAAACGAAAAAUUGGAAGGCACCAGCGCCGAAUUGUUUGAUUUCAUUGCAGCAAAUAUGGUUGAUUUUGCGAUUAAGAACGGUUUAGAAGAAAAGAUGUUACCGGUUGGAUUUACUUUCUCCUUUCCUUUUGAUCAAGACAGAAUUGACCAUGCCAUCCUUAAACAAUGGACUAAAGCAUACAAUAUAAAAGACGGGGUAGGAGAAGACGUGGUACAAAUGUUACGUGAUGCUAUUGCCCGGCAAGGCAGUUUAAAAUUUGAAGUGGUUGCGGUUUGCAAUGACACUGUUGGUACAUUAGUUUCGGGAGUAUCAGAAGAUCAAAACUGUCAGAUCGGUUUAAUAGUUGGCACCGGCACGAAUGCUGCAUACCUCGAAAAAGUAUCCAACAUCGAAUCUGUGAAUGGCUACAAGGAUGAUCGUUUCAUGUGUGUGGACAUGGAGUGGGAAUACUUUGCUGACACUGGGGCAUUGAAUCAUUUUGUGACGGAAUUCGAUAAACAGGUCGAUGCGACAUCACCAAUGCCAGGUGAAUUUAUUUUUGAAAAGAUGAUCAGCGGCAUGUACUUAGGAGAAAUCGUUCGUUUGAUCUUGUGUCAACUUGCUAGCGUUGGUAAUAUUUUCAACGAAAAGUGUUUAGGAGACCUAGGAACAACAGGAGGAUUCGAUUCCCGAUAUGUUUCCGAUAUAACGGAAGAGGCAAUUGCGGGGCAUGGCGAAACAAACGUAGUAAAAAGCAUUCUUGCGUCCGUUGGUGUAAAAGCAAGUCAGGGGGAUGUGCAUACAGUUCAACUAGUAUGCGAAUUUGUAUCUAUUCGCGCUGCUCACCUUUGUGCCGCUGGAAUUUCUGCAGUUGCACGAAAAAUCAAGGCAAAUCACCCUGAAAAGAAUGAUUUAGUUGUCACUGCAGGGGUAGAUGGUUCUGUGUAUGCUGGCCACCCUACAUUUGACACUUUGCUUGAGGAUAAAACUGACGAACUUUGUCGAAACCAUGGCGUCAAAGUACAGUUUAUCAGGGCUAAGGACGGCAGUGGUAAAGGAGCAGCGCUUAUUGCUGCUGGUAUGUAUAGACACAGGAAAUAACCAACUGCUAUACGAAUAUCUAAAUCUUGUGUUUACACGUUUAAAUUGUACAUUACCAAUUAAACAUUGUGUAAAAUUGUAAGUAAACAAUCAACGCUUGGAAUAAAUCUAUGGGUGUACUUUUAUAUAUUCUUCUUAUUACACAAUUUUACAAACGU